CUUUUGAUAUGUGAACCCAUUUCGGUUGUGUUUUUUAAAACAUAAACUCAUUUGUUUACUGCGGAAAAUAGAACUUGAUAAAAAAAUAUAUACAAAACAUGAUUCUCGGCGCCCUGAGCUAUAUUCGCCCCUCAAUAUAUAUUUAUAUAUAUAUGAUGCAAAUACGUAUUUAGUUGGCUUUCCGUUCGGUGCGGUUUUUCUGUGUGAAUUUUAAAUGAAAGGAAUUUCAGCUUCGGCAAGCUAUCUAAAUAUCUACAAAGAAAUGCAUAAUUUUCAAAUAAUUGCAAACUCUACAAAUAUUUUCAUAGAAUGUUUAUGUUAUGAAAGUCAAUACCGAAAAUGUUAAGAGGAAAUGUAUAAAAUGUGGGACUAUUUAUAGAAAAAGAAAAUUGCCAAACAGCUGAACAAAAUAAAUAACAUUUAAAUAAAAUGCAAAUGAAAAGGCAUAAAAAAACCACUUUUAUUUAUUCAUAAAACCAUCUUGAUGCCUGCAGUUUUAAUUUUUAUUUCAGAUGCACAAAAAGUUCUUCUCAAAACAACACAAAAAUCAUAAAUAACCCAUAAACAUACUAUACACAGCACAGCAAGGGAGACCAGAACCUAAACAAUAUGAGCGAUAACACCCCGUCCGUGCCCUUGGCGGAGUUCAUAAACCCACCGGAUCCCACUGAGACCGAACCCUUUGUGCCCCUGGUGGAGGCCAAAAAAAUGAGUGAAACCCCGGUGGUGGCCCCUGCCACACCUACUGGCAAUGGCACGCCCACUCAGACGACGGCAAAUGGCAAUUCAACGGUGGCCACCAAAUCCGUCGCCGAUGAUAACAGUAUUUUCUCUGUAUUCUACACUUUGGGAAAAAAGGUGGCCAUCGUGGGUUCCAUCUAUCUGGUGGGCUAUAUGGGUUGGUCCGUGGCAUGGUUGAUUGCUCCUGUUAUCCUAUCGGUGGCUCGCGACCAGCUGGCAAAGACUUCCGAGAAGAAGCGUGAUAUUGCCAAGGCCUCGGCUUUGGCUUCAGAGAAGGAUGUGAUCCUGGCCAGAAUCGAUGAGUUGCCCGCCUGGGUUUACUUUCCUGAUGUGGAGCGUUGCGAGUGGCUGAAUAAGAUCCUGAAGCAAGUAUGGCCCAAUGCCAAUCACUUUGCUCGCACUUUAGUCAAGGAAACCAUCGAGCCCAAUGUGGCCUUAGCCCUGGCCAACUAUAAGAUGAAUGGAUUCCGUUUCGAUCGCAUAAUCCUGGGCACCAUUCCACCUCGCAUUGGCGGUGUAAAGAUCUACGACAAGAACGUGGAUCGCAAUGAGAUCAUUAUGGAUCUGGAUCUGUUCUAUGCCAGUGAUUGCGAUAUCAAUUUCUAUUUGGGUGGCAUGAAGGGUGGCAUCAAGGACUUCCAAAUCCAUGGCUGGGUUCGAGUUGUGAUGAAGCCUCUGAUCCGAUCGAUGCCGCUGGUCGGUGGACUGCAGAUCUUCUUCUUGAACAACCCAAAUAUCGAUUUCAAUUUGGUUGGAGUGAUUGAUUUCAUGGACAUGCCGGGUUUGAGUGAUUUGCUGAGAAGGAUCAUUGUGGAGCAGAUUGGUAAUGUAAUGGUGUUGCCCAAUAAGCUUCCCAUUUCUCUGAGUGAAGAGGUUUCGGCGGUGGCUUUGAAGAUGCCUGAACCAGAGGGCAUCCUCCGCAUUCACGUUGUUGAGGCCAAGGACCUAAUGAAGAAGGAUAUCAGUGUCUUGGGCAAGGGCAAGUCGGAUCCCUAUGCCAUCAUCAAUGUGGGAGCCCAAGAGUUUAAGACCCAGAUUAUAGACAAUAAUGUGAAUCCCAAGUGGGACUACUGGUGUGAGGCGUGUAUUUUUACAACUAUAGGCCACUAUAUUGGGUUUUCUUUGUGGGACUAUGAUCAGACAAUGCCAGGUGUACAGAGCGAUGAUGUAUUGGGCAGAGCCAGCAUCGACAUUGCCAGCGUGAUCAAGAAAGGUGUUGUGGAUAGUUGGCUAACCUUAGAAGAUGCCAAGCAUGGACUUCUUCAUGUUCGCCUGCAGUGGUACAAACUCACUGCCGAUCCCAAUGAUCUCCAACAGAUCUUACUGGAAACCCAACUCCUACGCGUUACCACCAUGAGCUCGGCAGUUCUCAGCGUUUUCAUUGAUUCGGCCAGGCAUUUGAAGCAAGCUCGUUCCAGCUCUAAGCCCGAUCCCUACCUCGUGUGCAGUGUCAACAAGCAGAAACAGCAGACGGCCAUGAUAAUGCGUGAUGAUUCUCCAGUUUGGGAACAGGGCUUCACUUUCCUGGUCAGCAAUCCCGAUAACGAGAGUCUGAACAUCAAGAUCUAUGACCAGAAGACCGGAAAUGACAUUGGCCAAUAUACCUACACGCUCAGCACUCUGCUUAAGCAAUUCAACAUGGAGGUUAUCCAGCAGCCCUUCCAACUGCAGAAAUCUGGUCCGGAAUCGAAGCUCUAUAUGUCUCUAUCUCUAAGAAUUCUGAAACCCGGUGAGAUUGACAAGGAAUCGGAUGCUUUGGAACAAGUGGCGGCCCUCACUCGCAGUAGUUCUGUUAAGACACCAGAAGUGGCUGUGGUGGCACCUCCAGCAUUUAAGGAAUCUCAAACAUCCAGCAAGCGUUUGUCCACCGAGUCGCCCAUCAGUGAGGAGGAUCCAGCGGUAGUUGCAAAAAUCUCACCGGCCAUGUCGGCCUCUACCUCCAGCGACAAGCCCAUCAGCGAGCUGGCUGCCUCUGUGUUGACCCAUCGCUUCCCGGAUUCAACAUCCUCUCCUGGUGAACAUGGGCUGGGACGAAUGCAGUUGUCGAUUCGCUAUAGCGCCCAGCGUCAAAAGCUAGAUGUGACUAUCCACAAGAUCCAGAAGAUACCACUUCGCGAUCCCAGCAACAUCCCUGAUCCGUAUGUGAAGCUGUAUUUGCUGCCUGGACGCAGCAAGGAGUCAAAACGCAAGACGGGCGUAAUUAAGGACAACUGCAAUCCUGUUUAUGAUGCAUCCUUUGAGUACCUGAUUUCCAUUGCCGAACUCAGGCAGACGGAACUCGAGGUGACGGUCUGCACACAAAAGGGAUUCUUAUCCGGUGGCAGUCCCAUCAUUGGCAUGUUGAGAAUACCUCUGGACGAUGCCGAGAUUACCACACAAGCUGGCUUGAAUUCUUGGUUUGACUUGCAGCCUGAAAUACGACACGAGUAAGGGGAACUGGAGUCAAACGAAUGCGGAGUCUCAUUACAGCACAAUCAACUGAAGAACAACUUAACACUUUUUUACCAAUCGCACUUAAAGCCUUUUGUAUUUGUUAUGUGUAUACUUUAUUUGGUCCCUAACCAAACGAAACAAAACUCUCUUAGUCGUGCCUCUAUAUUUAAAACUAUCAAUUUAUUAUAGUCAAAUAAAACGAACUGUGUUUUCAAACAAACAAAUACAUUUCAACAACAAAUCAGGGAUAUUUGGGAAACGGAUAGCAAAGGACUCAAAAAAACAUUUGAGCAUUCUUAUAAUUCCCAACUGAGUUUUCUGAAGGCCGUUCAUUUAUAUAGGUCCUUUUUCAACCCUACUUCGUUCUUGCUUCGGCAGAACAUAUACUAAAAUUGGAACGAUACAGAGAAGAUUAGCAUGGCCCCUGCGCAAGGAUGACACGCAAAAUCGUGAAGCGUUCCACAUUUUU